AGCCAGCCUGUGUCUGUACCUGGUUAAGGCCCUGGACACUCCUCCCACGGUGGAUCGAACCCAGGAGUGCAACAGCACCAACGCCUGCGCUUAAACCAACCGGGCUGCCACAUCCGUGGUAAGUUCAAGUUAACUGCUUAUAUUCGUUGGAAAAUCUCCAAAUCUUAUUGAACAACAAUGAUUAGAGAUGUCUUCAGAAAAUACUACAAUUUCAGCACUUGAAAACCCAUAAUUAUGAAAUUUCAUGUUAGUAAAUUAAAGUUGGUUUCAAUUAUAGUUAAUUAAAAAAAUAUAUUUAAUUUAUUAGUCAACACAUAAAGUUAACUCAUUUAGGUUUUUCUUCAUGCUAAAAACUAACAUGAUUUCUGAUGUAAACAACUUCACUAACUUGUUCUUAUCAUAUUUUUAUUUAUUUUGAUACAGUACAAAUCUGUUCAGUUCAUCCGUUGUCUUUUGUGUCGGUUUGACACAUUUUAUGCAAAGUAAGUACAUUAUUAUGUUUUUGUUUAAGAUAGUACAGAUUAAAUGAUAAUGUCAAUUCAAAGUCUACUAGAUUUGAGUAAAGGGUAAAUUAAGAUUUUGGUACAUAUACGGAAAUGUAAAACAAUUUUUUGUAAUUUAAAUCAAUUACUUUAAAGACGAUACCGUUUGUGAAAUUGAGAAAGAAUAAUCCAAAAGAAAAUAAGCAAAAUUUAAACAAUGAACUGAAUGUAACAACAUUAAUAAAGGCACGAAAUUAUUGGUUUGAAAUGAUUAGAUCCAACUAAUCUCCAACCAAAGACGGUCAAAGCCAAAUAAAAACUCCAGCUCUCCAUGAGACCGAAGAGAAACCCAUCCAAAUGGUUCAGACAAUCGUGGACCCCACGCGCCGCUUCUGAUCUCUCCCCACUUGAUAUUCUCUUUCCUCUCUCUCUCUAAUUAAAUUUAAUUUCGAUUAAUAUUGGUCAACUUUUUAGUUAACCAUGGUUAACUAACAAUAAUUCGAUUUCCAAGAUUUAUUUAUACAUCUGUGCUGGCCCAAGUUUUGGUUUUUUCUAAUUGCUUAUACAUCUUAACUUUUACUAUAUUUUUACAUGUAUAUUGUAUAACCCAUCUUAAAAUAGUAAACUAACAUUAUUGCAAUAAAAAUAAGGUAUAUACACAGUGUUUUUCAAUUUUAAACAAAUUAUCAAUAAUAACAGAGGCAAUGCAAUGAUGGUGGAGAAUGUUUUGAAGGACAGAAAAGACGAAGCAUCUUGAUGAAACCCACAAGAUAACCCCAACCACAUAUUAUCAUGAUGGCUUUGUUCAUCUUAAUUAAACUUUCAUUUUCUCCAAAUAUUUUAACUUUAUAUCAAUUAUAUCACACCCACUCACAUACAUCUCCUUCCCAACUUCUAAUAUGCCUAAUAUGCGCGUGGAGACUACUUCCAUCAAUCUAACGAUGAAGCUUUUUUCUUUGUUCAAAUGUGAAGCUUUGUAUUCACCAAUUUCAAUACCAAAUUUAGGUUGUUUAGUAUCGUUGUUAUAUACGACAAAUGAUUAUUCUAAUUUGUAAAGAUAACUUUUUAAGUAUCUCACAAAUAACUAUAUGAAUCUUAAAUAACAAAACACAAAAUAUGCUUUUAAUAAAAUAGUUCUGUAUAGUCAUAAUUUGUAAAGAAAAUUUGUGAUUUAAUCUUCUUACGAAAAGCCUUUAUGAAUCACAAACAGAUACAUAAAAACAAAACACGUUCUUAAUAAAGUAAAUUUAGACUAAAUUACUAUCCAUUAGAGUUCUAUUUUAAUACAAGUAUGCACAAGAAAAAAGUAUGCACAAUAUAUAAAUUUGUUAAUAUAACGAAAACACCAAUGCAAAUUAAAACACUUAAAGAGGUGUAUUCAAUCUGAUGUUAACGAACCACCGAGUUUACAGUGAUUUUUGUUAAGUCAAUCUAGAAUAUCAUCUAAAACCAUAAAAUUUAACUUUUAAUUUGUUUAACUAAAAAAUUUAAUCCAAACACUCUGAAAUCACUUAAAACUCUAAAAGUUAAAAUAUUUUUAAUAAUAGUGGAUUUCAUUUUAUUUUUGUAAAAUAUUAAAUUUAAUAAUAAUAGAUUUUAAAUAAAAUUUUAAUUAAAAUUCAUGAUUAAAUAACAUUGAAUUUGUUAUUUAAUAAAAAUCACUGCAAAUUCUUAGUUGAAUACUCUCUUAAUAUUUUGUUGCUAAUGCCAUGGUACUCGCGUAUAGUUCACGCCCUUGGAGAAGAAGAGUGGAGAGUCACAAAACACACAAAACGACAUAAAAUUCUCAAAGAGGUGAAAUUUUGAAUUAAAGUCGAUACCAAGACGAAGUAUAUAUUAAAUAAAUAUUUGUAAGCGUUUAGGUUAGACAAGUGACUACAUUUACAUACAUAUAUCUAUAUAUACACAAACAUAUUUUUCUUCUUCUUUAAUGCUAUAUUUUAGUCUCACCUUCUCCUUCUACUUUUUAUCAUUUCCCUUUCUCCUUCCAUUUUCAUCUUCCUAACUUCUCCUCAAUCCUCUCUCACUAUAUUCUAGUUUAUAUUUUUGUGCGUUUAAAAGAAAAAAAUAUAGAAAAUCUACAUAGAAGAGAAGCUUUAUUUUAAUCUUGUUGUGUGUGUGCGUGGUUUUUAUAUAAUUUUUUUUACAAAUUAAAAUCUCUCCUUUGCUUUUGAUGUGAGCAUGGCUGGUCUUGAUCUAGGCACAUCUUUUCGUUACGUUAAUCACCAGCUCCAUCGUCCCGAUCUCCACCUUCACCACAACUCCUCUUCCGAUGACGUCACUCCUGGCGUCGGAAUAGGUCAUUUCACUGCAGACGACGAAGACAACAACCACCAAGGUCUUGACUUAGCCUCAGGUGGAGGAGGAUCAGGAAGCUCCGGAGGAGGUCAUGGCGGAGGAGGAGGAGACGGUGUUGGCCGUCGUCCACGUGGCAGACCACCGGGAUCCAAAAACAAACCGAAACCUCCGGUGAUAAUCACGCGCGAGAGCGCAAACACUCUUAGAGCUCACAUUCUUGAAGUAACAAACGGCUGCGACGUUUUCGACUGCGUUGCGACUUACGCUCGUCGAAGGCAGCGAGGGAUCUGCGUUUUGAGCGGUAGCGGAACUGUGACGAACGUCAGCAUACGUCAGCCAUCCGCGGCUGGAGCGGUUGUGACGCUACAAGGAACGUUCGAGAUUCUUUCUCUCUCCGGAUCGUUUCUUCCUCCUCCGGCUCCUCCCGGAGCAACGAGUUUGACUAUAUUCGUGGCCGGAGGACAAGGACAGGUCAUUGGAGGAAGCGUCGUUGGUGAGCUUACGGCGGCUGGACCGGUGAUUGUAAUCGCUGCUUCGUUUACUAAUGUUGCUUAUGAGAGACUUCCUUUGGAAGAAGAUGAGCAGCAACAUCUCGGAGGAGGAGGAGGAGCUAACGGCGGAGGUAAUUUGUUUCCGGAGGUUGCUGGCGGAGGAGGAGGUGGACUUCCGUUCUUUAAUUUACCGAUGAAUAUGCAACCAAAUGUGCAACUUCCGGUGGAAGGUUGGCCGGGGAAUUCAGGUGGAAGAGGUCCAUUCUGAUGAGUAUAUUUCUAUAUACCGGCGGAGGAAGCUUUUCCGGCCAAGAAUUUGCGAGAGUGAAGAAAGGUUAGAGAAGUUUCUAAUGGACUAAUGAAUUUCAAUUUAUCAUCGUGAUUCUGGACAUUAUCUUGUUCAUCGUGUUAAGCAGCUUAGGGUUUUUUAUUUUCUGUUUUUUUUUUUUUUACGUUUGGUAGAAUUUUAUGUUUCAACUCUUUUCUCCUUCUGUGAAACUCUUUUGUAUUUGUGUUCGUCUGCGAUGAAAUAUCCUCCAUCUUUUUCACAUUAA